UGUAUGCGCUACUGUAUAGGGAGCCCCCUCUUUCGUGGUCUUCUUUUCUGUUCGGCGACGGCCGGCGGCUGAGCGAGCGGCGCCGCCCUUCGCCAGGUCUUCGUCGGAUCCUUCGCCGGCAACGAGCAUCCUCAGAUUGUCGCAGGAUCCAGGGCGCGUCCGCCGCGAUGGGCGGAGGUGCCUGGGUUGUUCGAUUGGCUUCCCUUCUUGCGCUUGGUUUGGUGCUCGGCUCGGUCGAGGCCAGCCUCGGGGAUAUUGAUCCGCGGUACAGAACUUGCGUGAAGGAGUGUCAAACUACAGGCAUUAUUGGGGAGAAUAUCAUCAGCCACUGCCAGAACAAAGAGAAUGACACAUCUGUUGGAGGUUCUUGGUACAACCAGGAGCAAAUCUACAUUCAGUGGAAACAGCUGAGCUGUCGGACAGACUGUCGUUACUUUUGCAUGAUGCAGAGAGAAGGUGAACGCCAGUCGCUUGGUCUGAACCCUGUUAAAUAUCAUGGAAAAUGGCCGUUCUUACGUAUUUCUGUCUUCCAGGAACCUCUUUCAGCUGCACUAUCUGCCAUCAACCUAUUGAUGCAUUUCACUGGCUGGCUUUCAUUUUUCCUUCUAGUGAAGUACAAAUUGCCCCUUAGACCCCAGACCAAGAGAACUUAUUAUGAAUACACUAGCUUAUGGCAUAUCUAUGCAAUCUUAUCAAUGAAUGCAUGGUUCUGGAGCUCUAUCUUCCACACUAGAGAUAUCGACUUGACUGAGAAACUGGACUACUCUUCAGCUGUUGCCCUGCUUGGGUACUCUUUAAUCCUUUCACUGCUAAGGGCUUUCAAUGUCAAGGAUGAGGCUACCAGGGUGAUGUUUGCAGCCCCUAUUUUGGCGUUUGUUACAACACACAUCCUGUAUCUUAACUUCUACGAGCUUGACUAUGGGUGGAACAUGAAAGUUUGUGUGGUGAUGGCUGUGGUUCAACUUCUGACAUGGGCAAUCUGGGCUGGUGUAACCCGACAUCCAUCACGACUCAAACUUUGGACAGUUGUUUUUGGUGGAGCGCUGGCUAUGCUUCUUGAGCUCUACGACUUUCCGCCGUACAUGGGCUAUGCUGAUGCCCACUCACUAUGGCAUGCGAGUACCAUUCCACUCACAUAUCUCUGGUGGAGCUUCAUUAAGGAUGAUGCUGAAUUCCGUACCUCAACUCUUAUCAAGAAGGCGAAGUAGGCAAAGUGCCAGGAUUGUUAACAUUGGAUCUCUGAGGAUCAGAUUUCAUGGUCAAUUCAAGGGACAUUAGUGUUAUCGGACAUCACGAAACAUCAGUAUAGUUGCCCCCUUAAUGCUCCUGUAAUCAGUUCGUAAAGACAUUCAUCUUCAUGCACUCACGAUUUUGGUCCACAAAUUCAGCAUCCUCUUUUAGGCACUUCUGAUCUGUCUUUUGACUCACCUGGACGUAUCUUCUGUGAUUGUCUGUUUGGUACAAGUGGGGCUUGUAAGUUUUUUGUCAUCGCCAAUUCAGUUGUGCAAAAUAAGACUGGAAAUCAUUUGUGUAUCUUGUGAUGUGCAACAUUUGUAAGCUCCUGAAGGGUCCUUUAUACAAACUUGUGUCACAAAGAUUCUGAUA